AUGGCUAGCUACACCCUGGGGAGUGGCCUCCGGGAGCCCGAAAGAAGGAUGUUCCCCACCUUCCAGGUGAAGAUCCUGGGCAUGGACACGCUGGCCGACUACGCCCUGCUCAUGGACUUCGUGCCUCUGGACGACAAAAGAUACAGGUACGCCUUUCACAGCUCGGCCUGGCUGGUGGCGGGCAAAGCAGAUCCGGCCACGCCCGGCCGCGUGCACUUUCACCCGGACUCGCCGGCCAAGGGCGCGCAGUGGAUGCGCCAGAUUGUGUCCUUUGACAAGCUCAAGCUGACCAACAAUCUGCUGGACGACAAUGGCCACAUCAUUCUCAACUCCAUGCACCGCUACCAGCCCCGAUUCCACGUGGUCUUCGUGGACCCGCGUGAGGACAGCGAGCGCUACGCCCACGAGAACUUCAAGUCCUUCGUCUUCGCGGAGACCCAGUUCAUGGCCGUGACAGCCUAUCAGAACCACCGGAUCACCCAGCUGAAAAUCGCCAGCAACCCCUUUGCCAAGGGCUUUAGGGAGAGCGACUCGGACUCCUGGACUGUCCCUCCACGAGGCCUGCUCAGUGUCCCGACCCGCAGUCACAGCAGCCUCGGCCCCUGCCUGCUGAAGGGCUCCACAGGAGGGGGAAAAGAUCCCAACAACGCUCCGGUCUCCAACUCCAGGACCUCUGCCCGGCUGCACCAUCAGCUGCUGGGCCCCCCUGAGGCUCUGCUGGCCCCAGCCACCUACCAGCCCCUCCCCUACCAGGGCCUGCACCCUGGAGCCUCAAGCCCCCUCAGGAUCCCAAGGGCCCGGCCAACACCGUACCCCCUCCCCAAUAUCCAGGUUGAUAGAGAUCAGGAGAGCCUUCCCCUCCCAGCUAGGCUGGGGCUCCUGUCCCCCACUGCCAUGUGCUUGGGGCCUGUCCAGGACCCUCAGUGAUGAUGAGACCCUAUGCACAGACUCCUCUUACCCUGAAUACCACCCCUCCUGCCUCACCUCUGCAGAGGCCCUCUUCCCUCAAGGAUAGCAGAACAGGUGGAAGCCCAGAGAGGAAGGUUACCUGCCCAGAGUCACAGCAAGGCUGAGAAGGUGCCAGGCUUGCAACCAGGCCCCCCACCUCCCAACAUGCCCCUUCUGUCUUAGGGUGACUCCUCUCAACCCUGCUUUACCCCUCCCUUUCCUCCAACAUUAAACCAU